AUGUCUACUACUGGAGUGUCUAACUAUUUUUUUGAAAAUUGGGCUAAGACUUAUUCAUGCAUACCUAAACUUUAUUUUGAACCACAGACAAUCGUUGACUUACAGUCCAUUGUAUGUGAAGCCCAUAAACGAAAAGAAAAGAUACGUGUUGUAGGAUGUGGUCAUUCGCCAUCAGCCAUUUGUACAACAGAUGGAUACAUGAUAUCAAUGAAACAUUUGAAUAAAAUUCGAGAAGUGAACAAAGACGAAAUGUAUGUUGAGGUAGAAAGUGGAGUGACCAUUCAACAAUUAAAUGAUGAAUUACCAAAAUGGGAUCUCUGUCUACCAAAUCAGGGAUCAAUAUCAGAGUUAACAUUAACCGGAUUAGUAUCAACAGCAUCACAUGGAACGGGUAUUAAUUAUGGUACAAUGUCAUCUUAUAUCCGUUCGAUUACUCUCAUGUUACUCGACGGAACAAUAAAAGAAUAUUCUCCGACAGAUGAGUUUUUAUACUGGCUUGCCACCUAUAUUCCUCGUCUAAUUCCCUAUAUCAAUCAAUUUUAUCUGUGGCACGAAUCCACUCAUUCUUUAAUCAUUGAAGAUCGUUGUGAUAAAAUAUUUAAUUUCGAUUGUCUAUUUAGGCAGUACGUCAACGAAUGGGCUAUACCUCUGAAAGAAACUGCUUAUGUUUUGCAUAAACUUCAGUCAUGGUUAGAUGAAAACCAGCACGUAAUACGUGUUCAUUUUCCCAUUGAAAUUCGAUUUGUUAAACGAGAUACACAUGUGAUGUUAUCUCCCACGUCCGGUGAAUUAGAGGGUAACUUUUGUUAUAUAAAUAUUAUCAUGUAUCGCCCAUAUGAAAAAGAUAUUGAAUAUGAACCAUGGUGGCAUGCAUUUGAAGCAAUCUGUCUUGAAGUCAAUGGGCGACCUCACUGGGCGAAAGCACAUUCACUUACGUCAAAGACACUGAGAAAACUGUACCCAAAUGCAUGGGACAAAUUUCACGAGAUAAGAAGACAGUUUGAUCCUCAUGACCAAUUAGUCAAUGAUUAUUUACAUAGAAUGUUUGAAGAGUGA